GCCGCCAGCGAGACAACGCGCGACCCGCUGGAGGAGGAGAGCCGUCCACAGUCUAACCAGUCCAACACCAGACACGGUAUCGCCGUGUACUGUCUUGCUCCGUUUGGUAGCGAUACACACGUGGCUUCGAUACCACCGACCCAUCACCACCACCACCACACGACACCGUCACCUCCACCACCCACCGUCGCGCAGACCUCUCCAUCGCUCUCUGCUUGCCCAAAACUCCGUCGACUUCCGGAAUGCUGGAACCUCGCUGGAGGCCCGUGCAGGGCCACUUAGGAGACAACCCUUUCGAGACUGCCGUCGGCUGGUCAAAGAACCACUUCGCUGCAGCCACGACACCCUGGCCCCACGCUCUCAGGCAAUCCAGAUUUUGUGAUGAUGGCAAAAUGGAGAAGGACGUAGAUGGAGAUGGUGCAAUCAACCUGUCGACAUCUCAAAGGCCCUCCGCAGCCACGACUCCAAAUGAUGGCGUGCAACCCGAAGACGUGGAACAACAGGCCGCCUCCCUAGAGAAGGUCCUCAAGGAGCAACAGCAACAGCAGCAGAUUGAGCUGGAGCGAGCAUGGGACCAGGACCGCGACCCCAAGGGCAACGGCAGCACAAGUCCAGGAUCGGAGUCGCGACUCCAUGAUCACUCUCCGCCUCCACAUACUUCCGAUUCACAAAAACCCCUCAAUUCAGUAAUACCCUCAUCACAGUCUCAGGUGGCAGGUCCACCUCCAAUGAUGUCACCAGUCUCAGGACUACACCAUAUGCAACAAUUACUGCAACAGCACGUACUUAGUCCAUCGCAAUUGCAAAAUCUGAUGAAGCAACACUCUCUGAUGCAACAACAGCAGCAUCAGCAACAUCAGUUGGCAGCAGAAUUGGGGAAGAAACAGAUGGAACAGACCAUCCAGCAAUUGCAGGAGCAAUUGCAAUUGAACCUGUUUCAGCAGACCCACAUGUUGCAGAGCUCCGACAAAAAGAAGUCAGGAUCUCUGCAGCAGUUGGCCAUCCAGCAGCAACAGCUCAUCCAGCAACUGCAGUUACUGCAGAGGCAGUACGUCGUUCAGCAAGGGAUGGGUCUGCAGCCGCUGAUGCUUCCACAACCCGCAGGAUUGGGAUCGCGGGAUGUUAGCCCCUGGAAGGAAGCCGCUGCGGAUCGCGACCAGCAACAACACCUUAACAACAAAUCCACCCCCGAUAUCAACGGUCUUGGAUUGUUCGCAGGAUUAUUGGGCGUCGUCGCGCCGGGCAGAUCCAGUCGGGAGGAAGCCAGUGCCGAGGAUAAGGUUGACAGGACAUCAAGCGGAACUCCAGACAGGGUACACCAUCUCUACGGACAUGGUGUCUGCAAGUGGCCCGGCUGCGAGAACAUCUGCGACGACUUACAGUCCUUCAUAAAACAUCUUAACACCGAGCACACAUUAGACGAUCGAUCGACGGCCCAAGCACGAGUCCAGAUGCAGGUCGUCUCUCAGUUGGAACUGCAGCUGCAGAAGGAAAGGGAUAGGCUUCAAGCAAUGAUGCAUCAUCUACACUUGUCCAAGCAGCUGGGAUCUCCGGAACCGAUGUCCGAAUCCUCUGGCUCUAUAGUCCAGAAGUUACCCGUCACCUCCGUACCCCAACCCCCUGUCUCCCUGAGCAACCUCGUCUCCGCUGUCCGGUCACCGGUAUUGCAUUCUCACGCCUCCAACGUCGCCGGUCCCAUCAGGAGGCGAAUAAGCGAUAAAUCUGCGCUUUCAUUAGCUGGUGGAUUACCUUACAUGCUCGAACGGGCUGGACUGGAUGUCCAACAAGAGAUACAAAGGAACAGGGAAUUCUAUAAAAAUGCGGAUGUCCGGCCACCAUUUACGUACGCUUCCCUAAUUCGUCAGUCUAUAAUCGAAUCGCCGGACAAGCAGCUGACACUAAAUGAAAUCUAUAAUUGGUUUCAAAACACGUUUUGCUAUUUUAGACGGAACGCCGCCACGUGGAAGAAUGCAAUACGCACGAAUCUGUCACUCCACAAGUGUUUUGUGCGCUACGAGGACGACUUUGGGUCAUUCUGGAUGGUCGACGAUGCUGAAUUCGUGAAGCGCCGCCACUUGUCGCGUGGCCGGCCACGGAAAUAUGACCCAACCCCAUCACCCACUCCACCCCACUGCGCACAGGGUGCUUCGAAGAGUCCGACGACUAUGAACCACAGUCCGACGAUGUACGGAGAUCCAAUUUCGGCAAAUAUUCAGUAUUCGCAGGCAUCUUUGUUGGAUGAGACAAGCCUGGCCUUCCUCUCCGGGGCGACCAACAUGAUGCGGCCCAGGGACCGAUCGGAGUCACCUCCCCAGGAUCACAUGAGUUUCCUGCGCAGGUCGCCGAUGAACGGCGGAUUGCACAUCAAACAGGAGAGCAUCAUGGCCCCGGAGCACCAUCAUCGUGAACCAGAAGUGCAUCAUGUCAUCAAACGCGAAAUGCAUUCCGAAUACGACGAAAUGGACCAGGAUGCACACGCCGAUGGGAUUGCGGAGGACUUAACAAUAGCCCAAGACCAUAAUGAUUCGAAUAUCAUCGACGCGUAGUGCGCGAUUUAAAUUCAAUUUCACAGUUAUUAUAUUUAUACAUAUAUACAUAUAUAUUACAA